AUGAAGGGGGAGAGGAGUAGAGGGAAGGAGCAUUCCAGCAAAGAAAGAGGGGCAGAAGAAGGGGACGGAAAGGAAUACCAGGUCAGCAUCAGAAGGGCAGGAGUAGCCGAGGAGAAAAGGGAGAGGGAAGGAGCAAGGGCGGGGGAAGAAGCCCAAAGCAAGAGGACCGAAGUAGAGAACCAAGUCUUUAAGAUGCUGGUACAGCUUACCAGGCCUAAAAAGGUCAUUCAGCUUUGCAGCCUCUCCUUUGACAGUAUAGGCAUCAUGCUUGACUGUUUACCCGAUGAUGGUUGCCUGGUCAAUUUCGAAUCUGAACAUUCUCCGUACAAAUGUUUUGCUCACGAUAAAAAAAUACAUAAACGAAAAGGAAGAAAAGAGGACAUUUUGAAGGAGUUGGCCGCUUUGGGCGAGCAAUACGACAUGGUGUUUAUUGACGCUACGGAGGAGAAUCCUAUAAACUAUUACAACCUGAUUAUGAGCGGCAAUAUGCUAAGGAUGAACGGUGUGAUCUGCGUACAAAACGCUUCUACGAGCAGCCGGGAAGGCAUCGAUGAUGAGAUGGGAUUUAUGUCCAGGGAAAUGACAGAUGUAAUUAAGGCAGACGCCAGAGUGGAGCAGGUGGAAUUACCGUCAGACUGUGGAAUUUUUAUUGUAAGACGAAUACCUGUCUCUCAAACCACUGAUCCUUUGGGCUUUGACUCGACACGUUUCGCUGGCAUACAUUCUGUUGCCAUGGCAGCCGAUAUUAGCAAAGAAGAAGAUGUGAAGAGAAUGGUGGACGCGAUUGUGGCUAAUUGGGGGAGAGUUGACAUUGCGUGUAAUAACGCGGGAAUUAACAUGAAUUCGGCGAGCGAAGAUACCACCCUGGAGGAAUGGGACAAAACGUUUAACGUCAACCUGCGUGGCCUCUUCAUAUGUUGUCAGGCUGCAGGCCGUGUAAUGCUGAGUCAGGGCUAUGGGAAGAUAAUUAACACGGCGUCCAUGGCAAGUUUAAUAGUUCCUCACCCCCAGAAGCAGUUAGCCUAUAACACCUCAAAAGCCGGUGUGGUGAAAUUAACACAGACGCUGGGAACGGAAUGGAUUGACAGAGGAGUGAGGGUCAACUGCAUCUCCCCGGGAAUUGUAGACACUCCUCUCAUCCAUUCAGAAGCACUCAAGCCUCUUGUAACACGUUGGUUGGCUGACAUCCCCGCUGGAAGACUGGCACAAGUGACAGAUUUGCAGGCCGCCGUGGUGUAUUUGGCAUCUGAAGCUUCUGACUACAUGACUGGCCACAAUUUAGUCAUUGAUGGAGGCCAGAGCCUCUGGUAGAGAAAUGGUACCACCAGAGAAAGACCAUAAACAUGGACAUUGGGUAGUAGU